CUGUUUUGGGUGUUUUUCUUUUUUCCCUUGUCUUCUUUCUUUCAUUCAACCCUUUUCUUGUUCUAAAGUUUUGCCUAUGUUUCUUUCCUGGGUUUCUGUUAGGAAGGUUAUUGGUGGUUGGUGGGGUUUUCAACUAACAUAUAGCCAUGGGUAUCCCCUGUAGUCUUUGUUUGUUGUAGCCGGUACUCUCAUUUAUCUACUUUUUUCAUUGCCUCCACAUCUUAUAUAAUCUUUACACUUGUAAUCUACAACAUAAACCCAUUCACUGGAAAGAACUAAGCCUUGAUUUCUUGUAUCUAUAUGGUAUUUGGUCAGUUUAAAGAUUGUAAAAUCUCUUUUUCCUGAUAUGGGGGAUCACUUUGUUUUGCUGGUUGAUCGAUUGUUGACGGAGACGACAUUAGAAGCAGCGAUUGAGAGCCAAAAGCAUGCCAUGGAUGGUUUGAAGGGGGACAGUUCUUGCCCAGAAAUGGAGUUUGACAAUAUACCAUUUCCAAAGAAAAUUGUGGAAUGUAGAAUAUGCCAGGAUGAAGAUGAAGACUCGAACAUGGAAACACCUUGCUCGUGCUGUGGCAGCCUUAAGUAUGCACAUCGAAGAUGCAUACAGAAGUGGUGUAACGAAAAGGGUGAUACAAUUUGUGAGAUAUGCCGCCAGCAAUUCAAACCAGGUUACACAGCAUCUCCUCCAUUAUUCGAAAUGGGGCGUAUUCCAAUGAGCUUCAGGGGGAACUGGGAGAUUUCUAGAAGGAACUUGGAUAGUUCUAGCUAUAUAGCAAUGGUUUCUUCAAACCGUAAUGUUGUUGAUACCGAAUAUGAUGAGUUCUCAGCUUCUGCUGCAACCAGCGUGCUAUGCUUCCAUUCCUUUGCUAUUGUUUUCAUGGUUCUUCUGGUUUUGAGGCACACUCUUCCCCUCAUAUUCAAUGAAAGCGGUGGUUACUCUUUCCCUCUACUUCUGUCGAUUUGCCUGCGAAGUUUACUGAUCGUUCUACCAAUAUACGUUAUGUUGAAAGUAGUCUCUGCAGUUCAUCGUCGUCGACUUCUCCUGGCUACAUCUUCUAGUUCAUCCAUUCAUUCAACCAGCAGCAUAGUUAGGAGUUCGACAUCCGUAUCGUCCCAACCUCAGCCUUACAUUAUCCGCGUUCGGUCAGUUUCAUAGCAGCAGAAGGUCUGAGAAAUUGGAUUGCGAGCUGAAGAAUGGUGUUGGUAUGGGGGGAUACGUGGCUGUAGCUGUAUGUAGCCUUUGGCAGGUUGAAGUAAAUAUGGUGGAAAGUGAGAUUGUGAAGUAAAUAUGAUAGAAAAUAUAGAAAUUUGUGAAGAAAGGAUGUGUACAGAUGUUUGAAGUUGUUAUGCAGUUUAGUUUAUUAAAUGAUUGGUUUGUGUUAGAAAUUCUUUGUACAGAAAAGAAAUGAAUGAAUGAAUAUCAACUUUUCUUACGGCUCGAA